GAGCAGUCGUGUUCAGAAAAGGAGGAUUAGAUUCACCACAGGUACAUAAAACGGCACCUCGUAUAUUCAUCUGCUCCAGCUGUCUGACAAACGGGACACUUGCUUGUCCAUCACACGCACACAAUGUCGUCAGAAAACUUGGACUCCGACACUCAGUUGGACUACGAGGACGAAAAACAGGACUCCCAGGAGAAGAAUGCAAACCCGGUGAAGGCAGAGGAGGCCAAACUGAAGGCCAAGUACCCUGGCCUGGGCCAGAAGCCCGGUGGUUCAGACUUCCUCAUGAAGAGACUACAGAAAGGGCAAAAGUACUUCGACUCGGGCGACUACAACAUGGCCAAGGCCAAGAUGAAGAACAAGCAGCUUCCUGUGGCGGGGCCCGACAAGAACCUAGUGACCGGCGACCACAUUCCCACGCCGCAGGACCUGCCCCAGAGGAAGUCCUCCUUGGUGACCAGCAAGCUAGCCGGCUAGCCUUCAUCAUCCCAGAAGCACCCUCACCCCCCUGGGGCUCCCGGCAAAGGUCCUUCCUCCUCACCUGUGUCCCCAAUAUGUCCACCUCCUCCCUUCCUCUUGCUUCCUUUUUCAUCCCCAGGCACCACUGGCUUUAACAUAUCGGGCAGAGUUGUAUAAGUUAAAACUCCAUUUGCUUGUAUGUGGGUGGGGCGGGGUGGAAGGGAUGGAGGUUAAGGCGGCCCCCGAGGUCGCAGCCUUCUCUGCCUUCCCACCACGCACAGCUCUGCCCCCUCUGCGCGCUCUGCUCUGCCGCCUCCCUUAUGUCUUGGUUUUCGGUGUUCCAAGAUGCAUCACAGUAGGUGUGUGUCAUCGGGCAGGGGUUGGAUGGGGUGAGUUAAUGCACUUUGUAUUCUGUAUAGUAUGUUUUGUUCUUUUUUGCAUCCUGAAUGACACCAAAAUAAUGUGUGUGAGGGAGUUAGGAACCAUGAUCGCAGCGUGUUCUUUGAUCUUAAUGUUCCCUCUGUGUGCUGGUGGCUGGCUUCGGCGGGAGGGGUUGGAAGAUGUAUGUGAAUAAUUGCUUGCAUACCAAAUCUUUGUGGGGCAGCUGCCUAGAUUAAGAGCUCUUUAGCAUUCUCUGACACCAUACUGGGAAAUGGGGGAAAUGAAUGGAAGCUUCCUUUCACCUCGUCCAUCGGUCACCUUUCGUCGAACAAAACCCGAGGUCAUCUGCUACAGCUCAGCCAAACAGGGAUUUCAAAUGCCACUUUUUUUUUCUCUCUGCUGAUGUUGCUUUAACUCUUGACUCCCUUUGUUCCUGUUCUCUCUCUAAAUAAUAUGCUGCAUGAUUGUAACAUGUAACAAAAAAGAAAUUUAACAUGUUUUUUAACAGGAGUGGGGCAUCUGCUUUAUGAUAGGACGUAUCAAAACAAACACACGAAGCCCUGAAAUGUCCAUAAUCACCUUUCCUUCCUUCCUUCCUUCCUUCCUUCCUUCCUUCCUUUCUUUCCUUUUUGCUGUCCUGACAAUCCAUGUACACACACUCUUGUUUGCGGCACAGGGCAAGAGCCAGCUGAGUAUAUCCUUGUAUAAUUUUUAAAGGCUGGGAACCCUGCCGAUCUCUGAAUUCAGUCUUAGUUUGGUGUCUGUUGAGUUGCAUCAAGACGUGUGUUUACUAUGAGCCUAAAAGAUUUGUGGGGGGAUUGAAGCACCCUGCAUAGAGUAUAUGCUUCUGUAAAUAAUAAUCCAACAAGCACGUAAUUUGUUGUAAGCUCAGCGCUUUAAGGGCCGGACCAGCUAGCAUGCCUGACAGAAAUGGUAGAGCUAAAACGACUCACUUGGAAUUACAACCUGGGAUUUCUGGCUUGGAAAUUCUCUGCUUUACCAACUGAGCCAAAUUUCACACUGCAGCUAUCCGGCUCGGAGACCAUGGAUACACUUGUCUUUCCGAUGUGUCGGUUACCAUCCAGUCCUCUGGCUCACAAUGUGAUGUGAUAAGGCAGACUCGUCCCGAGCUGGUCUGGCUCACACAGUGCUUGGAUCUCAUGGAGAUACGAACAGUGAUGUGACCACCAUCCCGACAUCUUACUUUCCUGUUGUCUUUGAAACACACAUCCAAACACUACUGAACGUUUGCAUUUUCGCGUCACGUGUGAACACGUGUAUUCGACACGCGUGCUGUAUCCCGUCGCAGAAGUCACAUUGAAAAGACAAAAGUAACCACAGUCAUACCUUCGUAGUUGUGGCACAUGUGCAGUAAAAAAUUGUUUGGGACCGAUCAAAAGAUCAAAAUCUAGCGGCUUGUUGUAGCUAAAUAUGGAUGUUGAUUUCUCAUUUUCUGUGAGAGAUUGUUUUCUCCAUGUUUUAACACUUUCCAAAUAUAUAACACAGUCAGACAUAGUUCCCUCGACAUCCUGUCCUGGCAAGUCACAUUGUGAAUUGUAUAAAAGAUUACUACUACUUUACUCCCCCAACAUGUUAGCUGGACUACCAGCACCCCUUAGAACAAUGUUUUUCCCAAACUGAUACACUACUCAGACUGAUCUGUGUCAGAGGUGGAAAACACAAGGCAACCUGAUAACCACAGGUGUCAGCCCAGCUCCCAACAUCGUCAUCGCAGGCUUAAAGUGGGGACAUGCGUGCCUGCCGAAUGUGCUCACUCUAACACUUGGCAAGGCAGAGAGAUUUUAUAACACAUGGCGUGGGGGCAAAGUGUGUGAGCGAGUGCUCUGUGCUCGAGUCCCACCUGUUAACGUGGUUCAGCCUCUGAAACAGGUCAAUGGAGCGAUAAACCAAAUCUGCAGACUUGGAAUACGUGCCGUCCGCACAUCGAAGGAUGGAAAAUGGAUGCCGGCGCUCACUGAGAAUCACCCUCCGUGUAUUUUACUGCUUCAGGGAACUUUCACUAACGCACACUCCAUGCUUCACAUAGGCUAGGUGAUAGGGUUCAUACACCAUCACACUCUCAACCUCAUUUGUUUUUCAUUGAGACUUUAAAAUGUGUCAAAUUUGCAGUGGGUGAAAGAGAACUGACCUGUAUGUGUGUGCUUGUUAUGGCGUUGUAUGAAUGCACUGCUUUUCUCUGUUCCAGCCAUUGUAAAUAGAUUUCAACAGGAAGGGAUUUUGUGUUUUUCCCACCUGCUUUUCACUUUUUCAUAGCCUGAGCUAUUUCUGAUUCAAUGGUUCCUCUCCUUUCAGUUUAACACUACUUCUGCUCUAUCUUAGUGUAUUGCAGAGGCUAUGUGAAUCUGUAUCAUAUGAAAAUAUGUGUAAAUGCUGCUGAUUCAGUCAAAGACAAAUCUAAGAGAUGAUACCCUGUAAAGAACACCUGUCCUCUUGAUUCUACCAGUCCGACUCUCUUUUCCCACCCAAGUAUCUCUGUUGCAGAGCCAUAUAGCUCCUGUGGCAAAGUCCAUUCAAUUCAUUCAGACUGUGGUAAAGUCCAAUGCAAAUUCUGUCAGUAAAUUUUAACCGUGCGUUGUUGAAUUGGCCCGAUCUUUUAAAGAAAAGUCUGUCACGCUUUAUGUCACUUUGACUGACAAGAACAGACCAUUUAGUAUCAUAUCAUGUUUAAAAAAAAAUACAGUUUCCUGCUUAACAAGUAAAGGUUGCUUAAAGAAAUGGGUGAAUAAGCUACAAUAUGUUCUAUGAAGCAACAAUGGACAGGAGUUCUUGAAUGCUACUUGAUGUUUGGCUUUGCACGGAGCAGUUCAACGAGAGGAAAUAGCAGGGUAUGUUUCCAACCCAACACACAGGGUGUCUCUCGUUCAGCUAUGAUAAACACGUGCCAGAAUGUAUAAAGAAAUGACAGGCUGUGUGCUCUGAAGUACUUUGUGCUGCUUUUACCUUAAUCUGUUUUCUUGUUGUUUUGCAAGUAAGUGUUUCUUUCUUUUCUUUUUUUUUUUUUUCUUGUGUUCUCUUAUUGCUUAAUUAGUAUUUUUCAUCCUGGCCCAAGAUAACUGCAGGGAAAUCAGAGGCACCCUUGCUUCCAAGAAAAAAAAAAAAUUUAAGGGUUUACAUGAAAAAGAAGAUGACUGGAGAACACAGGAAUACUUUUAAGAAUUCAGAAAGUACAGGAGUACUUGGAAUGUUUCAGUUGUGUGGGAGUAGGUGAAAGGAUUUUUGUCAGUAUUUGAAAUAAACUUUUACAUUAAUAA